AUGCAGGAAAAGUCGACGACCAUCGCCGCAUACGCAGCCGGAGCAUCCCUCGCCGCUGUGGCCCUCUUCUACGUCUUCGGACCAAAUUACACAAUUGACGGCGACGACUCGAACGACAGUAACCGCAAGAAAAGCAUUGUGGGGCUGUCGAAUCCGGCAAACGACUGCUUCAUCAACUCGAUUCUACAGGCGCUCGCGGGUCUGGGCGAUCUGCGUGUAUACCUGAUCAGGGAAUUACAUCGGCGUGAACUGGAUGGACCGGACGUAUAUAACUCACUGCCGGAGGCAGAUGAGACGCCGCGGGGGAUGAGGCCCGAGAGGGUCCGGGAACUACAGCAGGGUACGAUCACGCGAGCUCUGAAAGAGAUGCUGGACCGAUUGAAUGAGCGCCCAAUCUACAAGAAGACCAUCACCAACCGGGCUUUCAUCCAGGCUCUCGAGUACGCGUUCCGUACUCGGAUUAGCCGCAAUCAGCAGGAUGCGCAGGAAUUCCUUCAGAUCGUUGCGGAGCGUCUUUGUGACGAGUACCAUGCCGGGUUGAAGGCACGACAGCGUGCACAAGGUCUUCUUGCAACGCUGCCAGGUUCGGGCGGUGAAGAAUCUGUGCAAAGCAGUGCUGUCGAGAAGGGAUCUACUGAAAUUGAAGUGCGGAUUGACGAUGGGACUGAGAUGGGCCUCCCGGCAAUCAUCGACAACAAAUUGAAAGAGAUCGACAAUGAAUACGGAUUUCCUUUCGAAGGACAAAUGGAAUCGCAGAUUGAAUGCCAGUUCUGCCAUUAUCAAUACAAGCCGAACAAGACUUCAUUCGUGAACCUGACGCUACAAGUUCCUCAGAAGAGCUCGACCACCCUCAGUUCCUGCUUUGACGGGCUGCUCAAAACAGAAUAUAUCGAUGACUUCCGGUGUGACAGAUGCCGGUUACAACAUGCUCUGGAUGCCAAGAUGGUAGAAAUGAGCAGGUCUCAUUCGACAAGAGAUCGGGAGCGUCUCGAGCAAGACAUCCAGCUGAUUCGACAUACUAUCGCUACAGAUCCUGAGAAUCCUCCCGAAGGAGUCAGCCUUCCUCCAUCGGACCUUGCACCUAAGCGAAAGAUUGCUCGCCAUAUGCGCAUCACUGUUUUCCCCAAGAUUAUAGCAAUCCACCUUUCGCGCUCGAUCUUCGAUCGCAGUAGUUCUACGAAAAAUGCCGCCAAAGUGUCCUUCCCUGAGAGGCUUCCUUUGGGUGGAAUAUUGAGCCAGAAGUGGUUCAAGCUGCUGGCCAUUGUCUGCCACAAGGGCAGUCAUAACAGCGGCCACUACGAAUCUUUCCGACGUAACAACCUCUAUCCACCUUUCUCUACUCCGGAUGUCUUUAGUUCCUACGCGCAAAGUCGGGCGACCAGCGUCAAUCCCUCUACUGCACCGAGUCCUCGUCUCGCGGCUCGCGGGGUCCCCGAGACAGAACCCUCCCCAAUCAGCCUCUCUUCCUCGACAUCAUUACCAUCCCUGUCGGGCACUUCGCUUUCCUCCCCAGCUCGUUCUCAGUCUGUGUCGGCGAGGGACUCCUCACAACCUGCGUCUCAGCUGAACGCGCCUCCCUCGCCGUCUGCUCGGCCCACCACAUCCAGCUCCCGUGUAUCCUUUCAGAGUAUCCGCACCAAAUCGUCAGGUUCUAAGCAGAAUCUCUCGCCGCCGGGAUCUGAAACCCAGAGUCCAGCUAGUGAUAGUGGAGCCUGGAGCAAGUCCGGAUCACGGCCAUCCUUCAUGAGUGAGCGGACCACUCCCAGAACGCCUCCAGAAGCACCAGCCCUGUCAAGUUCUCGGCUCCGUCGUCGCAAAAAGACGAACGAUCGAUGGUGGCGCAUCUCCGACGAGAAGAUCAAGGAAUGCAAGACUUCAGACGUGCUGGGCAUGCAGAAAGAAGUCUAUCUCUUGUUCUAUGAAAUGGAAAAAGGGUCUUUGGGGCCUUAG